AUGAAAGAGUACACGCCAGAGGAAAUGGAACAGAUACGAUACAAAUUGAACGGUGAAUCUCCCAUGGAGAGGAUCAAGAGAAAGUCCAAGGAGGAACCAUUUGUGCCAGCAGGCGUCGCUUUAACUUGCUUUGCUCUGGUCGCUGCCACUGUAGGCAUCAAGACUGGCAAUAGAGCCUAUGCAAAUAACAUGUUUCGUCUCAGAGUUGCUGCUCAGGGUUUCACGGUGAUAGCCAUGGUGGGAGGCUCCUUGUAUUAUCAACAUCAGCAAAAGAAAUGA